AAAUUGCUAGCUUCCUGGCAAUCUGGCAACGCCUCUUUAAUACCGUUUAUCUGGCUCAACUAAAAACAUUUCAGACAUUUUGGCGCACACAGAUGGCGAUUUGAUUAAUUUUUUAUGUUUAAUGUAUAGCAUUUUAACGAAAUGAACUUUGAUCAGGUAAAUGUACCAAGAAAACUGGUGCCAGCCAACUAUUUACAGCUUGGACUGGAAGCACAACGGAGUAAGCAGCGCAGUUUUAAGGAGCUCGUUGAAAAGAGAAAACUGCCGGAAAAUGGUUGGGCCGAUGAGCAAAUUGAGGAGUUGGUUUAUCAGCUAUCAGCCUUGGAUAGCAACAACUUUCCGCACAAGGUCGGACUGGGUGAACGGGAGGCACGAAUAGCUUGCAGACUCGUGGCCCGGCGACACUAUAAUUUUGGUCACGGAAUCGGUCGCUCUGGAGAUUUACUGGAGGCGCAGCCAAAGGCAGCUGGUUCCACUUUGCUGGCCCGCCUCACCAAUGCCCUGAUCCUGGAUCUAAUGCGGGCAAUUGGAGUGCCCAGCUGUGCCGGCUGCUUUCUGGUGCCGAUGUGCACCGGCAUGACCAUAACCCUGUGCUUGCAAAGCCUACGAAAGAGACGGCCCGGGGCGAAGUACGUACUAUGGUCCCGAAUCGAUCAAAAGUCCUGCUUCAAGGCUAUCACAGCGGCCGGCUUGGAGCCGGUAGUCAUCCCCUGCCAGAUUCAAGGAGAGUCCCUGCAUACGAACAUUAGUUCAUUCCGGGACACAAUCAAGGCGCUUGGUGUGGAAAACAUCCUUUGCCUGUACACCACCACCAGUUGCUUUGCCCCCCGCAACAGCGAUGACAUCUACGAAGUGUCCAAGCUGUCACAAGAGUGGGAUCUUCCUCACCUGGUCAACAAUGCUUACGGAUUGCAGUCAGUAGACAUCGUUCGUCAGUUGGAGCGGGCCCAUCGAGUCGGGCGCAUUGAUUACUUCGUUCAAAGCAGCGACAAGAAUCUAUUGGUGCCCGUGGGUGGAGCCAUUGUGGCCAGCUUCAAUGAGAGCCUGCUCCAUGAUGUUGCCAGCACUUACGCGGGGAGAGCCAGUGGUUCCCAGUCCCUGGACGUCUUUAUGACGCUGCUCUCGCUGGGGCUCAAUGGGUAUCAAUCGCUCAUCAAGCAGCGGAACGAUAAUUUUAUUUACCUCAGAGAAAACCUUAAGAAAUUCGCACAGAGCCGUGGUGAAGUGGUCAUCGACAGCAGGUCUAACUCCAUAUCCUUGGCAAUAACAUUGGGAACGAUUGCUGCGGAUCGGAUGGAAAGCAUCACCCAACUUGGAUCCAUGCUGCACCAGCGUGGAGUUUCUGGAACAAGGGUAGUAGUUCCCGGGCAAAUCAAAACCAUUGAUGGACAUGAGUUUUUGGAUUUCGGCUCCCAUCGGAGCGAUCUUAAGGUGCCCUAUCUAACUGUGGCGUCUGCCUUAGGAGUAACUCGAAUAGAAAUCGACAAAUUCUUUGAUAUCUUUGGAAAGUGCUGGCACCAGCUAGGUCAAAAAAAAGAGAGUAAAACCAUUUUAACCGACAAAGAAUUGCAUUAAUUAACAUAUGUAUGUAACUAUUGUAUAAAAUCGACGAAAAAAUA